UCGGCUGCUCCGGUGCCCCAUGGCCCUGGCUGGCGUCCCGCAGGCCCGCGGAGCCGCCGUGUGUGUGGUUAGCCGUGGGGCCCCGGCAGCAGCCUGGGUGAGGCCAGCGGGAGGAAACCUGAAGGCAACGGCGCUGGUCUUGGGCCACGAGGAAGGAAAGGAGGCACCGAGCGCGAUCCCGUGUCUUCCGUCCCUCCCUUUCUUACUGAUGGAGGGGAAAGAGCAGCGUGGGGGGCCAGGGGCCAUGGCGGCAGAGAUGGUGCUGAGCCACCGGCCUGGGGUGCCCCGCAGCGAGGUGCUGAGCGAGGCUGAGCUGGAGGAGCUGGCGCAGCGGAAACCUCCCAGCAAGACCUCGGUGCGCGGCUGUCUCCGGAAGGCAAGAUGCUCAGCCUCCACCGCCAAGUCUCUGCUCUUCCGCUUCUUGCCCAUCCUGCGCUGGCUGCCCCGGUACCCGGUGAAGGACUGGCUGCUGGGGGACAUCGCCUCGGGCUUCAGCGUGGGCAUCAUGCACCUGCCCCAGGGGCUCGCCUACGCGCUGCUGGCCGGGCUGCCACCCGUCACCGGCCUCUAUUCCUCCUUCUACCCCGUCUUCCUCUACUUCUUCUUCGGGACAUCCAGGCACAACUCCGUGGGCCCCUUUGCUGUCAUCUCCGUCAUGAUCGGCAGCGUGACAGAAUCCCUGCUGCCCGACAAGGACUUCUUGGUGCCUGUCAACGGCAGCGACACCACGAUAGUGGAUGAGGUGAAGCGGGACGCAGCCAGGGUGGAGCUGGUGGCCCUGAUCACCAUCCUGACGGGUGUCUUCCAGGUGGCCCUGGGACUCCUGCAGUUCGGCUUCGUGGUUACCUACCUCUCGGACCCGCUGGUACGCGGCUACACCACCGCCGCCUCUGUGCACGUCCUCAUCUCCCAGCUCAAGAACGUUUUUGGGGUCUCCCUGGGCGAGUACUCGGGGCCGCUCUCUCUGUUCAAGACCUUCAUUGAGAUCUGCCAGAAGCUGCCGCAGACCAACGUGGGCACCCUGGUGACAGCCAUCAUUGCCAUGGUGGCCAUCUUCAUCGUGAAGGAGAUCAACCACAAGUUGGCCUCCAAGCUCCCCAUGCCCAUCCCCAUCGAGCUCAUCACGAUCAUCAUCUCCACCGGCAUCUCCUACGGCGUCGACCUGAAAUCCAAGUUCGGCAUCUCCGUGGUGGGCGACAUCCCCAGCGGGAUGAAGCCUCCUGUGGUCCCUAAAACCAGCUACUUUGGGCAGGUGGUGGGCAACGCCUUCGCCAUCGCCAUAGUGGGUUACGCCAUCUGCAUCUCCCUGGGUAAGAUUUUUGCCCUGAAGCAUGGCUACAAAGUGGACAGCAACCAGGAGCUGAUCGCUCUGGGCCUCAGCAACUUCCUGGGGGGCUUCUUCCAGUGCUUCGCCAUCAGCUGCUCCAUGUCGCGGAGCCUGGUGCAGGAGAGCACGGGGGGCAACAGCCAGGUGGCUGGUGUCAUCUCAUCCCUGGUCAUCCUGGUGACCAUCCUGAAGAUCGGAGAGCUCUUCCGGGACCUCCCCAAGGCCAUCUUGGCUGCCAUCAUCAUCGUCAACCUCAAGGGCAUGUUCAAGCAGUUCACAGACUUCCGCACGCUCUGGAAGUCCAACCGCGUGGACCUGAUGAUCUGGAUCGUGACGUUUGUGGCCACCCUCUUGCUGAACCUGGACAUUGGCCUGGGAGCCUCGGUGGCCUUCGCGCUGCUCACCGUCAUCUUCCGGACCCAGCUCCCCCACUACUCCCUUCUGGGACGCGUUCCCGACACCGAAGUCUACAAGGAUGUGGCUGAAUACCAGAAGGUACAUGAGGUCCCUGGCGUGAAGAUUUUCCGCUCUUCCUCCACGCUCUAUUUUGCCAACGUGGAGAUGUACGCCGAGGCGCUGAAGAAGAAGAGCGGCAUCAACGUGGAUCGCCUGAUCGAGAAGAAGAAGAAGGCACUCAAGAAACUGAAGAAACAGCAGAAGAAAGCAGAGAAGGAGAAGGCAAAGAGGAAAAAGGACAUGGAAGCUGAAUGCAACGGGCCGGGUGUUGCGGUGAUCGAGCUGAGCGGGGAGGAGAGCGGUGCCCCCGCUGAGCCCACCCUGUGCUCCCUGGGGCUGCCCCAGCCCGACUUCCAUGCUGUCAUCCUGGACUUCAGCUCCCUCAAUUUCGUGGACACCGUCUCCAUCAAGAUCGUGAAGAAUAUCUUCAGGGAUUUCCGUGAAAUAGAAGUGGACGUUUUUGUUGCCAGCUGCCCGGCGUCCGUCCUCGCCCAGCUGGAGCGGGGCAACUUCUUCAGCUCGACCAUCACCAAGCAAUGCUUCUUCCCCUCGGUGCACGAUGCCGUGCUGCACAUCACCGGGGAGCAGCACAGAGCCCCGGUGAGGACCUGUCCCGGCUGUCCCCAGCACCGCCGUGGAGAGGGGCAGCCCAGCCGACCCCUUCCUUCCUCUCCGUCCCCACAGGCGCACCACAGCACCAAACUGUAGCCCUGCGAGCUGAGACGUCUCCCGGAGGAGCAGGGCCACGCUGCUGGGGAGGCUUCGCCGCUCACCUGCACCGGGGCCUGGAGCCCCCAUCCCACUGCCAGCCCCUCCGGGCGCUGGGACCUGGGGGCUGUGACAGCGAGGGGACAGCGGCACGGCCUGUCCUGGGGGCUGGGCCCGCCAUGGGGGGCACCACGCAGCCCCCAGCCGACAGGGGCAGCAAGCUGUCAGCGGGCUGUCAGCGGGCUCACAGCCCCAUAUUGGCAAAGUUUUGCUCAAUAAA